AACAUUCCAAUCGGCUUCCAUCAGCAACAACCGAACCCAGCGACACCAAUCAAACAGACUUACAUAAAGGUAUCUGGCGUAUACCUUCAACGUCUUUGGUCGUUGGCGGCGAACAUAAUCUGGUAUCGGAACAUUAUCGCGAUAUUACCUAAACCACUAUGUUGUUCAAACAUGCAGUUGCCGCAUUGAGUGCGGCAGCGACAGCACUCGCUGCACCUCAUAUGAAGCGUGCCAAUGGCUUCAACUGGGGAAACGAGGUCAUGCGUGGAGUCAAUCUCGGUGGAUGGCUGGUCCUCGAACCGUGGAUUACUCCCUCCAUCUUCCAAGCCCAUCCUGUGUCACAGGGCAUCAUCGACGAGUACACUCUUGGUGAGAAACUUGGUCAAGAUGCUGCAUACAACGUCUUGAAGCCUCAUUGGGACUCCUGGGUACAGCUUGCGGACUUUGAGAAGAUCGCAAAGUCUGGUUUCAACGUCGUCCGUGUUCCGAUAGGCUAUUGGGCAUACGACAACGCCAAUAGCCCAUACGUCUCGGGAGCAGCCCCAUACAUGGAUCAAGCCAUUGAAUGGGCGAGGCAGACUGGACUCAAAAUAAUUGUGGAUCUCCACGGAGCGCCCGGUUCUCAAAAUGGCUUUGACAACUCUGGCCAAAAGACAAACAACAUUGAUUUCCAGCAAGGAGACAAUGUGCAGCGCACUUUGGCUGUCUUGCAGACCAUCCAAAACAAAUAUGCUGACUCUUCCUACGACGAUGUUGUCGCUGGCAUUGAGCUUCUGAACGAGCCGCUAUCCACAGUGAUGAACCUGGACGACCUCAAACAGUUCGAGCGUAAUGGUUUUGGUCAACAGCGCACCGUCUCGAAGUCUCGCGUCGUCAUCAUCCAGGAUGGCUUCCAGCCUCCCAACACCUACAAUGGCUGGUUGACCCCGUCCGAUAACAACGCUCAGAAUGUCGCCCUCGACCACCACGAGUACCAAUGCUUCACCAACGAGCUAGUCGCCAUGCAACCUUGGGAGCACCGCCAGCAUGUCUGUAACAACGCCAAGCAAUACUCAGGUGCAGACAAGUGGACCUUUGUAGGCGAGUGGUCGGCCGCGAUGACCGACUGUGCCGCUGCAUUAAAUGGGUAUGGUGUUGGUGCCCGCUACGACGGUACGUAUCCAGGCAGUAGCUACGUCGGAUCAUGUGGCAGCAUCAACUACAUCGACCAAUGGUCCCAGACUUUGAAGGACGACACUCGAGGUUAUAUCGAGGCUCAGAUGGAGGCUUUCGAAAGGAACACCAUUGGUUGGGUCUUUUGGAACUUCAAGACCGAGGCGUCACCAGAAUGGGAUGCAUUCCGUCUGAUUGAUGCUGGCGUCUUCCCUCAACCUUUGACCAACAGAAAGUUCAGCCAAAUCUGUUCUUCGUGAAUCGAUUGUGUUGUUCAGAAACACUGGAUUUGUGGAUGAAUGCCCGAGAGCUGACGCAUACUUUUCCACAACAUGUGCAUAGGACUGCAGGAGCGUUGCGACUUUUGCGCCGGGCUGGCGAUUUCGUAUUCUCGUUUCUCCUCCUCUUCUUUUUCCUACUUGCUCUUCUAGCCAUGUUUCCAUACUCUUGUUGUGGUCUAUGCGGCCCAUACGAUAUCUUUGCUGGUAGAAAUAAUUGUAUUGCAUAACCUUUGAUCAUACGUCGUGUUCAGAGGUGACAGUCGAGGUUGUGUACCGUUAGCGAGUGAACCGUUUUGAAGCCGUCCAUUUUUG